AUGGCGCUAUCAAUUUUGUACUGGUCGAGAUACGUCGACGGUCAUGUGAAGCUUACUAGAAAAAGUGAAGCAGCGGUAGAAAGCGGGAGAGUAUUACGAUUUUCCAUCGAUGAACUGAGAGUGAUACAGGCAAAUGUUCAGGCAUCCAUGAGAGAUACGUCGUAUUCUGUCCAGAUAUUCCUAGAGCAAGAAAACAAUGGUGCAGUGCAGUCUACACGUUGCCAAUGCCCUAUGGCUGAGUAUAAAUGCCAUCAUGUAGCAGCAGUCUUGUUGUUUGGGUACAAGAGAGCUAGCAAAACAGAUAUAAAAUGCAGUUGGCUCAAACAUCCGAAGUCAGCACCUCCAAAGACUACAGUUACAAUGACUGACUUAUAUCCCCCAAGGCAACAAGAGUACAGGUAAAAAUAUUAUAAUUACAUUAUUAAUAUGAAAUGCUAACAUAAAUUUUAUUGAUUAACUAGAACAAUUAAGAUUAAAUACCACGAUUUGCAGAUACUGCCUG